GGGUCCCUGCGCAGCUCCCCCGCGCUCCCCUCGGCCGCGCGCCGCCGCGCACUGAGCGCGGAGGCGGCUCGGGCCGCGCCGCGCCGCGCCGGGGAGGGCGCCCGCCCGGCCGCCCGCGCGCCUGCCCCGAGGUGUCCGCGGCGGCGGGGCGGGGAGCGCAGCGCAGCAUGCCCGCCGCCGCCCGCUGCCGCCUCCGCUGCCCAUGGAGAUCGCGCUGGUGACUCUGGAGAACGGGGGCGCCACGACCAUCGCGGCCGGCGAGGAUGCUGCGGCAGGCGGCGGCGGCAGCGCCCGGGCUCGCCGCCGGGGCGACCUGCUCCGCAUCGCCAGCGCCGCCGCGCCGCGCCUGAGCGACAGCAAGGAGGGCGCCCCGUCGCCGCCGGCGGACGAGGAGCAGCAGCGGCCGCCGCCUGCCCCCCGCAGAGGCGGCCCCGACGGGCGAGCGGUGCGCGGAGCCUCGCCGCCGCCGGCGCCCCCUCCGCGGCCGCCGCCGCACGCCCCACGCCCUGGCGCGGCCGAGAUAGGCCCCCCGGAGGAAGGUGGGCACCGCCUGGGCAUGGCCAUGGCGGCGGUGGGCGAGGAGCAGGAGGAGACAACGGCAGCGGCGAGCCGGGGUGCCAUGCACCACCAGCGGGUGCUGAUCAACAUCUCGGGGCUGCGCUUCGAGACCCAGCUGGGCACCCUCAACCAGUUCCCUGACACACUCCUGGGCGACCCGGAUAAGCGCAUGCGCUACUUUGACCCACUCCGCAAUGAGUACUUCUUCGACCGGAACCGGCCCAGCUUCGAUGGGAUCCUCUACUUCUACCAGUCCGGGGGCAAGCUCCGCCGGCCUGUCAACGUCUCCAUCGACGUCUUUGCUGAUGAGAUCCGCUUCUACCAGCUGGGUAAGGAGGCCAUGGAGCGGUUCCGGGAGGACGAGGGCUUCAUCAAGGAGGAACAGAAGCCCCUGCCCCGCAAUGAGUUCCAGCGCCAGGUCUGGCUCAUUUUUGAGUACCCUGAGAGCUCCGGCUCAGCCCGGGCCAUCGCCAUCGUCUCCGUGCUGGUGAUCCUCAUCUCCAUCAUCACCUUCUGUCUGGAGACCCUGCCUGAAUUCAGGGACGAGAGGGAGAUGCCUGUGCCCCUGCCUCCACAAAUCAGAGGCUUGAAUGGCACGGCCGGGGACUCCCAACCCAUGCAGCCACCUAGCAGCCUCUCUGACCCCUUCUUCAUCAUUGAGACCACCUGCGUGAUCUGGUUUACCUUUGAACUCCUCGUCCGCUUCUUCGCCUGCCCCAGUAAGCCCGAGUUCUCCCGCAACAUCAUGAACAUCAUUGACAUUGUGGCCAUCAUCCCCUACUUCAUCACCCUGGGCACUGAGCUGGCCCAUGAGCAGCAGCAGCCUGGGACUAGCAGUAGCAAUGGAGGUGGGGGCCAGCAGCAAGCCAUGUCCUUGGCCAUCCUCAGAGUCAUCCGUCUGGUCAGGGUCUUCAGGAUCUUCAAGCUCUCCAGGCACUCCAAGGGGCUGCAGAUCUUGGGACAGACUUUGAAAGCCAGCAUGAGGGAGCUGGGCCUCCUCAUCUUCUUCCUCUUCAUUGGGGUGAUACUCUUCUCCAGUGCUGUCUACUUUGCUGAGGCUGAUGACCCUGAGUCUCAUUUUUCCAGCAUCCCUGAUGCUUUUUGGUGGGCAGUAGUGACCAUGACCACCGUGGGCUAUGGGGACAUGCGGCCUGUCACUGUGGGGGGCAAGAUCGUAGGUUCCUUGUGUGCCAUUGCUGGAGUGCUCACCAUCGCCCUACCUGUCCCUGUCAUUGUAUCCAACUUCAACUACUUCUACCACCGCGAGACUGAUCACGAAGAGCAAGCUAUUCUCAAAGAUGAACACAGCAGUGCUCAGGGUAGCACAGCUGGGGGAGAUGCAAAAAGAAGAUCCAGUAAAAACUCUCUGAACAAAUCUGUUGUGCAUUUGGAAAACAGUGAAGGGUUCAACAAUGGUACCAGUUCUUUAGAGAAAACCAAUAUCAAAGCUAAAAGUAAUGUAGAUCUCAGAAAAUCUCUCUAUGCUCUCUGUCUGGACACCAGUAGGGAAACAGACCUGUAAGGAAAGGCGAGAGUUCGAGUUCAGAGAUGCAGAAAGAUUUGCUGGUGUCAGAAACUUACAACUAAUUUUACUGUUUUGGUACCACUUAGUAUUUUAAGUCAGGCUAUAUUUUAUAAAUUGAUCACUGUCCUGAGCAGACCUCCAGGAAUACAUGUUUUUAUGUUCUUUUUCCAUGGCACAAAGGGUCACCUAUUUUUAAAAUAGACUAAGAAUAAUCUACACUCCAUGAUGCAGGAGCUGGUAAAUUAUGACAGUGCAAAACCUAAUUUGUAGACACUUAUUUUAGCAAAUGGUGGUUGGUUUUAAAUGGGUCAUUUGUAACCAAUUUAGUUGCUCCAAGUUUAGUAUUAAAGAGCUGGGGGAUAUGUGUGUGGAGAGUGGAUGGAUUUGAGGGUGGGAGGGGAGUUUGAGGUUUUUUUGUACUGUAGUUUCAAACUGAAAUUAUUCCAGUAUAUUUUAUAUUUGUAUAACUGUAUUUAUGGGUGAAAGGGGUUUUCAUAUUCCUGUGAAAUAGGACUUCAUUAAAGCACUAGGAACAUUAGCUGAUCAGCACUUUCAGAAUUUUCCACUUGUGAUCAGUACAGAUCUGGUUUUCUAGUAUGUGAAGUGAAUUUGGUGCUUUUAACCCUAUAGCAGAAAACUUUUGUUGUCAAUGAGAUGUUAGUUUCUUGUGAGCCUUAAAUUACUAAAUAUUGUAGAUACACUUCUUUUUAAGUAAUUUUAUUAUCUUACUGUUUCAGAAUUUCUAAAUAAUGCAGUCCUGUGCUUUCUCUCUGAGAAAAGAUGUCCAGCUUUUUUUUUUCUUCAGUUUUACAGUUUUAUACCUUCAGUAAAUUUUUGAGACUGAAAUACAAAGGUUAUUGUCUGCUGUUACUAGUUUUGUUCCAAGUGCACAACAGAUAAAAAAAACAUCAGGGGGUGGAUAGAUAUAACCUGAAAGCUAAUUACGAGUGCAAAACCUUUUUUGUUGUACACUUCAGAUUGCUUUGGCACAUGUAUCAGUCACCUUUAUAUAUCCAUACCAUUUGUGUACCUGGUUCACUGUUUGUAAUUAUCGUAGACUGGGAACGGAUGGCACUUCAAGAGUCUAACAUGGCUUGCCCUGGCUUAUAGCUUGUACUGAGAUGGAAGGCCUCACCUUUCACCAUAACACGUCCUUGUUUUCUUUUAUUUCCAAACAAAAACUUUUCAGUGCUGUGGAUUUUACAGUUAAAUUGUUGCUGAAAGAUAAAUGACAAAUCAUCUUCAUCAUGAUAACACAGAACUGUGCAGCUUCCAAGUCAAGACUGAUGCAAAGUUGCUUCUUUACUUUAAAUGAAAAAGCUGUGUUAUCCUUUUUUUUGCAAGGGACAUCUCUCUUUUCCCUCGAACUCCCAUUGAGUUGCUGAAGGAUGUUUCCUGCCUUUACUGAGUACAGUGGCACAGCAAAACUAGCAGAAAGAGAAGUCUUGGCUGUCAACACUCAAGAUGACCUCCUCCUUGGCUGAAGAUUCUGCCUUUAUUGGCUCGAAUGUCAAUGUGUUCAACGUUCAGAGAUGCCCCAAACCUCCUUGUGUGCAAAAGCAGGCACUGGAAGAAUACCAACAGAUGUAAGAAGAAUCUCAGUGAGGUAUACUGAUAAAGGAGCGGAGUCUGACAACUGUAUGGUUUUGGAGCACAGGAGUGAAAUCUCUCUGGAAGUCUUGGAAACACCAUGCAUUUCACAACAGAAUUUGCACGGCUUCAUGCAAACGGAAAACGGGGGUGCCUGAUAGAGUGAGGCAUUUGAACACGCACUGAAAAAAGAUGCUGUUUAAUCAUGGCAUUUCAGAUGCUGCCCAUUAGGAAGAAAUUGCUGCAGAGACUGAAACCAAAUCUGUUUAUUCCUUGUUCUCAAACCAUCUUCAGUUAGGAGACAUUGCUGAAAAACUUUCACCUGGAUAAAUAACCAUGAUGUCUCCAUCAAGAAUACAUCCUCAGUGAAUUAGAAUUCUUUUAUUCAAAUUGUUGAAAAUCUGUUCUGCUUGGAGGUUUAUAUCAUAUGGAAAUUAUUCAGCACCACAAAAGGAGUAUGCUGAGGCCCCAUAAAAGUUUAAAAGCUACUUUGAACUCACUCUCGGGCACAAGGAGACUUUAUUACUUGAGAUUUUGUUUGGAAAUAUAUCAUAAAUGAGUUUUUCUUAUACAUUAGAUAUCUUCUACCAUGGCUCUUUCAUAUCCAAAUUUCUCAUCAUUCUGGAAUAAAAUUAAGGCAUUUGUGCUUUUUCUUUUUUGGCACUCAUCUUUGUUUAUUUAUUUUGUAUUCUUGAUGUGUUGCAUCUCUGGAGUUAGUAUUCAACUUUUAGCAUAAAAAUGCUGUACAUACAAGUCUAGAAUGCCUCUGAAGAUUACUCUAAUUUUUAAUGUGACUUUGACUUGAACAUUUCUUUUCCUGCUUAUGUUGCUAUUUGAAAAAUGUGCAUUACCUGUAUUCUUUAUGCCUUUUGCCCUUUCUAAACUCAAUAAAAUUCUCUUCUUCCUGCAGAAUA